AUGAUAGGCUAUUUUAUUGCACUUAUUCAACCACUGCUGUUAUGUAUUUCUCUUCUAGUCCUCUCGAUUGUCAUCUUCCUUCCAAUACUGGUCUACUUCCUUCCACAUUAUACGCAAUUCAUCUUCUUCCUCAACUUCCGACGCCUGCCAAACACCGAUUACAAUGAUCUGGCAUCCAACAACGUUACGUCUAUCGGAAGAUCUCUUCACUUGCCCGGAAAAAGUGGAAAAAUUGGCGUUUGGCACAUUCUGCCACACCGGUUGAGUUUAGAAUGGAGAACAGAAGGAAAACACCCAACUGAAUCAGAUUUUGACGAUUUGAUGAGAGAUUCAGAAGACAAAAUCAUCUUCUACGCGCAUGGCAACUCGUUCGAUAGAACAUUCUAUCAUCGCGUCGAAAUGUACAACUUGCUCAGUGAUCGGAAUUAUCACGUCGUCUGUUUCGACUACAGGGGCUACGGUGAUUCAGAAGGCACACCGACAGAGAUUGGAAUCGUUGAAGAUGCGCGAUCGGUGUACGAAUGGUUGAAGGAAAAAUGUGGGAAGACGAAUAUCAUUGUUUGGGGACAUUCUAUGGGAACUGGUGUAUCGUGCAAACUGGUCCAAGACCUGUCAAUAGAGCAACAACCUCCAUGUGGUCUUAUCCUCGAAGCUCCGUUCAACAAUCUGAAAGACGCCGUCACAAAUCAUCCGAUUUUUACUGUCUUCAGCUGGAUGAAUGAUUUUAUGGUGGAUCGAAUAAUCAUUCGACCGCUGAACAGCGUCGGUCUCACCAUGCAAUCUGAUAAACGAAUUAGAUCAGUAUCCUGUCCGAUCAUUAUCCUCCACGCCGAGGACGACAAAAUUCUGCCGGUCAAAUUAGGCAGAGCACUGUACGAGGCGGCAAAAGAAGCUGAACGGGAUAUCCGAUAUCGAGAAUUCUCGUCUGAAGACGGCCUGGGGCAUAAAUUCAUUUGUCGUUCGCCCCGUUUGGCCGAGAUUAUUGAAGAAUUCGUUGGGAGUAUAACUCCACCAUCAACUAUCACAUCAUCCUCAUAA